AUGGAAAAAUUUCCAUUAAAGGGUAAUCGAGAAAUUGUGGCCGAAGGAAACAGCUACAUAACUGCUUACCAGUCAGUAUUGAAGAAGUCUAACGGUCAUACAGUAAACAACAGUGACUCACAGUAUCAGGAACAUCCACUUGCAACAUCAUCUGGUAGCACAGCAGUUACAACAUCUUUAACCACACCAGAUGAUGAUGAAAUGAUUGAUAUUACACCUCGUUCAAGUCCCAGCGAAAUUCAUCAACAUUCAACACAUUUUAGCUCCUAUAGCCGUGGGAGUACUGCAGACAAUUCAGAUAUGGAAAGAGGACGAGAUUUCCACGGCCAUCAUCAACCGCCACAAACCCAGCAGGCCCCACAACGUACACAUCCGCAUGUGCCAACCCAUAGUGCUUUUGGAGAUAUUUUAGAUGGAGGUUUAUCAUUCUAUGGAUCAUCGGAACCCCAUGAUGAUAUACCAGGUAUUGGACAAUAUGACGAUUUUCAUACAAUAGACUGGCAACGUGAUAUAGCUCGUGAUCGUAUGCGACAUCGGUACAUAGUCAAAAAGCGUCAGGAUUCGUUAUGGGAUUUAGUCAAAGGGGCGCACGAUGCUUGGUCUGGUUGGCUAUGUGUACUAUUAGUUGGUAUAGCAGCCGGUUGCGUCGCCGGCAUGGUAGAUAUAGGGGCUAGUUGGAUGUCUGACUUGAAGCAUGGCAUUUGUCCGCUGGCAUUUUGGUUUAAUCGCGAGCAAUGCUGUUGGCCUACAAAACAAUCUGUCUUCGAUGAAGGAAACUGUUCAACGUGGAAAACUUGGCCGCAAAUAUUUGGUUUGAAUCGUGAAGGUACGGGCGCCUACAUUAUAUCUUACAUUUGGUUUAUCUUGUGGGCUUUGUUGUUCGCUGCCCUAAGCGCGUCGCUAGUGCGUAUGUUUGCACCGUAUGCAUGCGGCUCAGGUAUACCAGAAAUAAAAACUAUUCUCUCUGGUUUUAUUAUACGAGGCUAUUUGGGUAAAUGGACUUUACUAAUUAAGUCUGUCGGUCUAAUGCUAUCAGUAUCGGCCGGCUUGACUUUAGGCAAGGAAGGCCCUAUGGUUCACAUAGCUAGCUGCAUAGGCAAUAUAUUUUCACACUUAUUUCCUAAAUAUGGGCGUAAUGAGGCUAAGAAACGUGAAAUUCUAUCGGCAGCGGCGGCUGCAGGUGUCUCAGUCGCAUUCGGAGCUCCAAUUGGAGGAGUAUUAUUUUCCUUAGAGGAAGUUUCCUAUUAUUUUCCAUUGAAAACUUUAUGGCGUUCGUUUUUUUGCGCUCUAAUAGCUGCUUUUGUAUUGCGGUCUCUAACGCCCUUUGGAAAUGAACAUUCUGUAUUAUUCUUUGUUGAAUACAAUCAACCGUGGAUAUUCUUCGAACUGAUACCGUUUGUCUUUCUGGGUAUUAUGGGGGGCGUAAUUGGAACAUUGUUCAUUAAGGCGAAUCUAUGGUGGUGCCGUUUUAGGAAAUUUAGUAAAUUAGGUCAAUACCCAGUAAUGGAGGUUUUAGUUGUCACCCUAGUCACUGGUGUUAUAUGCUAUCCGAAUCCCUUUACACGCAUGAAUAUGAAUGAAUUAAUUUAUUUGCUUUUUAGCCGUUGUUCACCUGCCGAUGUUUCUAAUCCCCUCUGCGAUUACACUCGAAUUAAUAUAACAUACGGAGCGACAUUCACUGAAGUUACACAGCCCGGUCCAGGAGUAUACCGUUCUAUAGGACUUUUAUUGCUUGCGUUUUUCUUGAAACUGGCUUUAACUGUUUUCACUUUUGGCAUGAAAGUACCAGCUGGUUUAUUUAUUCCCUCUUUGUUGCUGGGUGCCAUUAUGGGUCGUAUUGUUGGCAUAGCGGUUGAGCAGUUCACAUAUAGUUAUCCUAAUGUUUGGAUCUUUACGGGUGAAUGUGUAACUGGCAAUAAUCUAAUUACGCCUGGCCUUUAUGCUAUGGUGGGUGCUGCCGCCGUCUUGGGUGGCGUUACGCGUAUGACUGUAUCUCUUGUAGUCAUUAUGUUUGAACUAACCGGUGGCGUAGGAUAUAUUGUACCAUUAAUGGCUGCAGCGAUGGCUUCCAAAUGGGUGGGAGAUGCUCUUGGUCGUCAGGGUAUCUAUGAUGCACAUAUUACUCUGAAUGGCUACCCAUUCCUUGACAGCAAAGAGGAAUUCGCUCAUACUACGCUAGCUGCCGAUGUUAUGCAACCGAAGCGUAAUGAAACUUUGAAUGUUAUCACACAAGAUUCAAUGACUGUUGACGACAUUGAAAUGUUACUAAAAGAAACGGAGCAUAAUGGCUAUCCCGUGGUUGUUUCUAGAGAAAAUCAAUACCUUGUGGGUUUCGUGUUGCGCAGAGAUUUAAAUCUGGCCAUUGGUAAUGCGAAAAGGUUUAUUGACGGCAUUAAUGGCCAAUCGGUGGUGUUGUUUACAUCGGUGACUCCAACUCAAAAUUUGGGUCCACCACCUCUGAAAUUAAAGAAGAUACUUGAUAUGGCGCCAAUUACAGUGACGGAUCAAACACCUAUGGAAACUGUGGUGGAUAUGUUUCGCAAAUUGGGCUUAAGGCAAACUCUCGUUACACACAACGGUCGUUUGCUUGGUGUAAUUACCAAAAAGGAUGUCUUACGGCAUGUUAAGCAAAUGGAUAAUGAGGAUCCCAAUACAGUUUUAUUCAAUUAAACGUUACGUGUGCUAGGUUACGAUGAUUCGGAUAAAACAGCAAAACUGAUUGAUUUUAUUUGGUUUAUUUUAUUUAUAAUUAUUAUUUUUAUAAAUUAUAAUUUUGCCUUAGUUAAGUGAAGCUAUCCUGUCCAUAAACUGUAAACGAAGUUGAUAAUCCGUUAACGAUCGAUCACAAUUUCGUGGUGAUCCGCAUUGAACUAAGCUUGACGCUUACGAUUUAUUUGAUUUUCGCAAGAAACCUAUAUAGUUGAAUACUUACAUAAAUAACUUAUUAUUGUACAAUUAGUGAAUGUGUGUUGUAUGAUGUAUUAUAUGCUAAUUGAUAUUAUCCA